GAACUCAAUCUGUAGUCGUUUUAUGGGUGAAAGCAUUUUAGAAUCACAUAAAUACAAGUUUGGACAGUGAAACCUGCCAAAAAUCAGUCAACGAUUGUACAUUUUUUAAAUAUAAUUUAAACAGUUUUUUUAAACUAAAUACAGUAUGUAUGUCAAACACACUAAAGCCAUCUGAGGAGAAUUUAUCAUCAUCAGUUCUGCUUUUCUGCUACAUCAGAUGUGCAUGCCAGCUCCCCUCCCCUCCAUGAUGUCCGGCUGUAAUCCUCAACCACCCGGUGAACUGCCAAGAAGGAUUUCAGGUGCAGAGUAAAAACCUCAGCCUGAAGUUCAAACCUUAUCACAUCACACUGAAGGAUAAGAAACAAAAGAGUAAAAAUGUUCAGCACCCACAAGAGGACAGAGAUGACUUUUACCUGGUCUGAAUGACUGAAGAAAAGAAGAAGCUCUUAACCAGGGGAACGUAUUUGUUAUAUGCUUUCCAGUUCAAGUUAAUUUGUUGUGUUUAGAUCUUAAUUUUACAGCCAACUGCAGCGAGAAGUGAAGACAAAGCUGUCAUCAUGGAUAUCGGCGGUCUGGAAACUGUUGUGGCAAACUCAGCCUACGUGUCGGCCCGUGGUGGUACGGACGGAUCUGCAGCGGCUGCCAUGCGUGACAAGAAGAUGCGCGCCAGGCUCAAACUUCCAAACAUCAGAGACUGCGAACACAUGAAGACGACCGUGGACUCAACCUUCGACAGCAUGUGUGUCAAACAGCCCAUUGGCAAACGCCUCUUCCAGCAGUUCCUGCAGAGUCACGCCAGCCUUAAAACUGCAGGAGAGCUGUGGAACGACAUCGAAGAAUACGUUAUAUGUCCAGAAAGCGACAGACUGCAAAAGGCCAGAAAAAUUACAAACUUAUAUUACGAGUCCUCUUCAAAAAGUUUUUGCAGUUUCCUUGAGGAGAAGGCCAUAAUUCGAGUCAAGGAAGACCUAAAGAACACACGUGGCGAUCUGUUCAAAGAGAGCGAGAAGCAGCUGCUCAAACACCUGGAGAAGGAGGCCUUAGAUGGCUUUAAGAAAAGCAUGUACUUUCUGCGUUUUGUUCAGUUCAAAUGGCUGGAGAGUCAGCCAGUUGAUGAGGAGUGGUUCAUGGAGUUUAGGGUCCUGGGCAAAGGAGGGUUUGGGCAAGUGUUCGCCUGUCAGGCGAAAGCUACGGGCAAAAUGUACGCCAACAAGAAGUUGGAGAAGAAGAGGCUGAAGAAGCGCAAAGGCUACGAGGGAGCCAUUGUGGAGAAGCGUAUCCUUGCAAAAGUUCACAGUCGCUUCAUCGUGACGCUGGCUUAUGCCUUCCAGACCAAGACUGACCUCUGCCUAGUCAUGACCAUCAUGAACGGUGGAGAUCUCAGGUUUCAUAUGUAUAAUGUGGAUGAGAAAAACCCUGGUUUUGAUGAAAAGAGAGCUGGUUUCUACACAGCUCAGAUCAUCUGUGGGCUGGAGCACCUGCAUCAGCACAGAAUCAUCUACAGAGAUCUGAAGCCGGAGAACGUGCUGUUGGACGAUACAGGACACGUCCGUCUGUCAGACUUGGGUCUGGCUGUUGAGCUUCCACCAGGAAAAGACAAAACUACAGGAUACGCUGGAACUCCAGGCUUUAUGGCCCCGGAGCUCAUACAGAAGAAGGAGUACGACUACACAGUGGACUACUUCACUUUGGGGGUCACAGUAUAUGAGAUGAUCGCAGCCAAAGGACCCUUUAGAGUUAGAGGAGAAAAGGUGGAGAACGAUGAGGUGGCUCGAAGAAUCUUGAACGAUCCGGUUUCCUACCCAUCAACUUUCAGCAAAGAAUGCAAGGACCUCUGUGAGGGUCUGAUGGAGAAGAACCCAGCAAAACGGCUCGGGUUUAAAAAUAAUGAGUGUGCUGAGCUGAAAUGUCAUCCAUUCUUCAGGGAUAUUAACUGGGGCCGUCUGGAAGCAGGUUUGCUACCCCCUCCAUUUGUACCCGACCCAAAGACUGUCUAUGCCAAAGAUCUCGAUGAUGUGGGUGCCUUCAGCACCAUCAAAGGUGUGGUUCUGGAUGAUAAGGACACAGAGUUCUAUAAAGAUUUUGCUUCUGGCAACAUCCCAAUCCCCUGGCAGGAGGAGAUCAUUGAGACAGGCGUGUUCGGAGAAAUGAACAUCUGGGGAGAAAACGGCAAGCUGCCCAAUGAUCUGGAUCCAAACUACGUGGAAGCCAAAUCUGGAGGGUGUGUGUUGCUGUGAUGGGAAAAUCCAAAGGAGCAAAAAUAUAUUCAUUUAGAUUUGCUUUUUGCUAAUACAUUGCAUAUUUAUGUUAAUACAUUCUAAAUACUGAUUUUGAAUUACAACAGUCAUUGUUAAGCUGUUAUGCUAUGUGGUUGCAGUGUAUUUUAAUUUCUGUUUAGUAAUUGCAAAGGUGACCAUAUUAUUAUUAUUAUUAUUAUUAUUAUUAUUAUUACAUUUAGGUAUUUCUUACUAACAGUUUUGUUUAAAUUAAACCUGCUAUUGAAGAAAAGAUGUUAAAAACCACAUCAACAACACGUGGUUGUUGCAUUCUUUAUACCCUUAAAGAAAAUGUGUUUUUGACCAUCAAAUCGAUGGAGAGUGCACAAGAUGAUUGCAUUAUUCACACAUAAAAAAUGUGAUAAAUAUUCCCUGGUGGUACAGAAAAGGAACCGAAGAAAAUUUGAGCUUAACUAUUUAAAAACUAAAUAUCAAGCAAAUACAUCACCACUCUUACUAUUUACAUGCUGAUCUUCAAUUUCUGUCUUUUUGAUUCUCUGCAGUUUGGGAAAAUCACAUAAAAAAUAAAAAAAAAAACAUCAAAAUGUGUGGCUUAAUCAGGAAUAGUGUGUUUUUAUGUUAGCAGCACAAAAUUGGCAAAGAAAACAACCCCACAGACUAAAAUUGGGAUUCAGUGAGUGAUAAAAAAAAUUGUAUUUUAAACUAAGACUGGGCAAUAAAACAAUAACAAUAUACAUAUAUCUUGAUAUACACAUAAAUCAAUAUCAAUAGAAAAUACGUUUGAUAGAAUGUUGAUAUUUUCACUGAAUUCUGAUUCAGAACUGCUCAGCAUUCUGAGGGAUGUAGGCAGAGGAAAGGCUCUAGCUGCUCCACCUUUCAUGGCCCAGCUAAACAAGGUUGGUGGCAUCAACCAACUUCCUCUUUGGUAAGCUACAGGUAACAACAAGCUGCUGAAU